AUGGAGCACCACCUGCCGUGGUUGGCGCCCUUCGUGAGAGUCGCGCUGUCCAAGAUUCUAGAUCAUCACCAAGGGAAGCCCACUUCUGGUUUUGAAAUCAAGGCUUUGGAGGACCAGAGUCAAGUGGACAUACAUCGAACGGCGCCCUAUACCAUAUGUGCGCUUGUCACAGAGGCUGAUCCAACACUCUCACAACGACGAGACUUAUCCCGAGGCACAAUUUCUGACGGUAAACACGCCAUUGAUGCAAGAUUCUCGACAACUGCUCAUCAAACGCUAUUGAGCUUAGAAAGAGGAAACUCGAGCAUAUUUGAAUCAGUUGGACUGGUAAAGCUGUUAAACCCAGCUCUUCGACUCAAUAAUAGAAACGCCCCUACCAAGCUCGAACUCCUCGUCGAGUCUCUAGAGACUGUCACUUGGCGACAGCUGUAUGACAAACCUCAGUCCCACGGCCCCGUAUCUCGAGAUCCUGGUGUCAUCUCCCUGCUCAAUAAAUACUCUGUCCACCACAAGGCAAGUAGCCAAGUCGACUUGCAACCCAAUAGCAGCCCUCAAUCUAUCAAAUCCCAGUACUAUCUCAGCCCCGACCGAUAUGGGGGUUUAAGUGAUGAAGCAGGCACUCAUGCCUCCUAUGAAUCUCAACUAUUUUUGACCCAGGUCCCAUUUCCAACUGGUAACUUCCCUUCCGUCAACCCAACUCAGGACGAGCUCUACAGCUUGCAAUUGAUCCAGAAACUCCAAAACGAUACUGCAGAGGUCAAAACAGAACGUGCUUCUAGUCUUGAUACAACGGUCGAAAUUGACGAGACCUCGUUGAGAGCCGGCAAAACUAAGGAUAAAGGGCACCUCCGUCGUGAUGAUGUAGGAUUAGAGUCCUCCGAGGAUGUGAGAUCGUCCAGUCUAGCACAACCCUCGUCACCGAUUCGCUUUUCUCAAGACAUAAGACCGCAAAGGGUUGAGUCACCUGUGAGACCAGCUGCAGCGUCAGGGACUAGUCUACCUCCAACCACAAACUUUCUCCCGACUGGGGAGACUCUUGCUCAUCCUGCACAUGGCUUGGCGGGCUCAUCGCUGAGCAUAAAUGGCGGACAACAGGAAGACACUCCCGGGGAUUCUUCUCUCCAAUUAAGCAGCGCCUUCCAAAAAUGGCGACAAGAAUUGAGGCAGGGCAGAUACCUUCCUCAAUAUAUAGAAAGAAUUUCUACACCACAACGAAAGCUCUUGGAAUCUGACGAGGCCUGGCAACCCCCUUGCAUAGGCCAGAGAGCUAGGCCUGGGGAUAUCCCUCUUGGUUUGUUAGAAUCCCUCUCAAAAGCUGCAGAUGCUCGACGUAUAUCAGGUUGCGCAAGCUCGUCUAGUGGAAGCGAAUCAUCGCAUCGCCAUGAUCUUCAACAUGCCGUCGACGAGGAUCUUGAAUGUCACAGUCAACAUUCUGGGCACAUGUCUAGCAGUGAUUUAACCGUUGAUGAACAACACUGGCCACCAAGUCCCUCACAACAACGGCGCCAGUUUCUACCUGAUGAUAGCCCGGAUCCCUGCAUCCCUAAGUUCAAUCAGCAUCUUGCUGUCCAAGGCCACAAUGGUGGAGCAAAAACCAUUGCUCCGAUUUCAAGUACGGAUUCAUACUUCCCUGCUAUUGCAAGUAAGGCCAUGAGCGUUACGAAGAAUCGAUCACCAAGUGCAAAAGCAUUUUCUCAAAAUACAGAUAAGGCUACUCUAUCUGCAGGCUCUAUGCCAAAGUCCCCCCAGCUAUCAGUAGAUGGACCACUGGAACAGGGACAUCUAUCCCCCUCGGUGGAACAAGAUGAUCAUGCCAGCCUCCUCCGUGAGGAUCCCACACGCUCUGAGAUUCCUUGCUUGCCAAUGAUUCAAAAUGUUAAGAUUUUACAGGUUGCGCGCACGCCAUAUGUGGAUAAGACUACUGCCUCUCGGCAAACGCCCUCUGACACGGUCCUGAACGAAACCCAGAUUACAAGGGUAGACAACCCACUCCUAAUGUCCUCGGGCCGUGUGCCAGGGACUUUCGCCGACGCUUUGUGGGAAGAAAAUAUGGGACGGACGGUUAUCUCACUUGUUGAGCCUGAGAACCUUGACCCUAAACCUCUAAAUUCAGAUGCGUGUUCGGAAAUCCAUCGGGCUGUCGACAAGAAGGACCAGCAACCUAGACAGGAGGACAAUUCUUUCGAUAUUGGGGAUACUACAGCAGGGGUUGAUGCUUCAGAUAGAGAAAUUUCUCAUUCAUCGUUGAAUCAUCAAAGUUCCUGUCUUCCAUCGGGAGGAUAUGUGGCAGCUCCCAGCAACCAGAACUCGCACAUUAGCGUACCACUAGAAUCGUUACCAGACAAUGGUGCCGCAGCUACGCCCAUUCCCAAGGUUUCGGCUCUCAAACACAUUUCCGCAUCACCAAUUCAGACCACCGAAGCUGCAACAUUAUCUAGAAGAGACCCACGUCUCAGUUCAAGCCCUCGUGCUACGAAAACAAAGCGAGACCUCUAUGAUACCGGUACCAACCCACCAAACAAGCGACGUCGGGUGCAUUCAGAAGAGGAGACUGAACACCGGCUACCGGAUCCUGACUACGCGACCGUUUUCCAAGGGCUCAGAUUGUAUCGGCGUGAAAAGUUUGGAACUUUUGGAAGAUCAACUACAGCGAGAUCACUGUCACGGUCACGGUCACAGUCCUUCUCACCCUCGAUAGGCGAUCAUAUUGACGCCGCUGGUAUGCAAACACUGCGUCUUCAUCAGGCAGACCGCCGGACCAGUCAUCCUUCAGAAGAGGACUCACCGCCCCAAUCCUCGACGCCGCUAACAGGAAUAUCAGACUAUGGUCAGGGCACUGCAGGCAACAAGGACACCAAAGGAUGUGGUGUCGUCGCUGGAUCCCUUCGCGUGCCGGCAUAUGCAACACUGCAGAACGUUUUUACGAGAUUUAGAAGCUUGUACUCUGAUUACAAAGGGCAACUGAAUGACUUCAACAAGGCAGUGAGAGUCCUCAGGAGGAUGAUCAGGACUGGAAACGCACCUCAUCCUUUCCUUUUUGAUGAUGUAAUCUUUCAUCAUUAUCAUAGUUAUCGGCCUUUCCUGCUGAAUGAAGUCCUGGGUGGAGAGGAUGUGAUGACUUAUGGUAAAUUCUACAACACUCACACCAGUGACCCUUGUCAUCUUCAAAAGGUACUUACAGUGCAAGUUCUUGAGUCCUUGUGCGACUUGGACGAUACUCAUGAUCAUAUGGUUCAACCAGCCACUCUGCAGCAAAUAAAUAGUCGGACAGUGCUGGCAGGCCAUGAUCACGAGUCUGUCACGCAGGGACUACCGGAGCGACGGACUAGACCUCCUCAGAUUCUCCGGGACGAGACAUCGCCAGUAUCAGUGAAAAGAACGGGCGGCUCUGAGCUGAUUCAAUUGCCAACCAGAGGACCAUCUCCUGAACUAGGCACGCCCGAUGUGGACCGAAGUAAGUCAAACAGACAUGAAGUCUAUGUUUCAGUGCCUUCGAGUCCCAGGACCCAGGCGAUAACCGUCAGCAGACGCUCUCUGCCGUCAUCAUUCGCAGCGCCAUCAGGCUCCGGCAGACCAAGAUCGGCGCAAAACAGAGGCAGCCAUGCGCUUGAUAGUCAGGCCUCAAGGAGCUCGGCGCGACAACCUGACCGUGCCAGAUCAUCUCCAAGUACUUCCUCCAAGUCAACAACAGAUAGGACUGGUAGAAGAAGUUUAGCAUUGAACAGAGCCACACCAAAAAGAAUUCCGGAAUGGCCAUCAACCGUGGUUCCCGUGACUCGUGAAUGGUGGAAGGAUAAAGACACGCCGUUCAAAAGGUUUCAGAAGCAACACUCAGCCCUACCAUCCGAAAGGAGACACACGACGGCGGAGGAAGGCGGAGGAAUUAACAUUUUCAAUUGGAGGACAUGA